AUGGGAAGUUUAUCUUCGGAGGAAGACGAAGAAGGCUCUUCCGAGAGAUGCGGAAGUUACAGUCCUAGCGCCGACAUUAGCGAGUCUGAGAGUUCGAGCAGCUUCUCGUGCCGCCGAUUCGACGGCGAGGGAGCGUCAAGCUCCAUUACAUCGUCGCCACGAGCUGGUGGGAGAGGGUUUUACUUCCCGGCGCCGGUUAUGCUUCCGGUGAUCGGUGGGAAAGAUGUCGUUUGGGAUGACAAGUCUGAGAAACAGGAGAGCGAGUUUUCCGAAAUUGAGAUGAUGAAGGAGAGAUUUGCUAAGUUACUUCUCGGAGAAGACAUGUCAGGAGGAGGUAAAGGGGUUUGUACGGCGCUUGCAAUCUCCAACGCCAUAACCAAUCUCUCUGCGACUGUGUUUGGCGAGCUAUGGAGGCUUGAGCCUCUUGCUCCGCAGAAGAAGGCCAUGUGGCGUAGAGAAUUGGAAUGGUUACUCUGUGUAAGCGAUUCUAUUGUUGAGCUUAUUCCUUCCAUUCAGCAGUUCCCUGGAGGCGGAACAUAUGAGAUCAUGGAGACUCGGCCUCGUUCUGAUCUGUAUGCGAAUCUCCCUGCUCUCAAGAAGCUCGAUGCAAUGUUGAUUGAUAUGCUUGAUGGUUUCUCUGAUACCGAGUUCUGGUAUACUGAUCGAGGGAUAGUUCUAGGAGAAUGUGAAAAGGAUUCCUACAAUUCUCCAGCUUCUGGUGGCCGGCCAUCCGUUAGGCAGGAAGAGAAGUGGUGGCUCCCAUGCCCUAAGGUUCCGUCUAACGGUUUAUCAGAAGAGACAAGGAAGAAAUUGCAGCAGUGUCGGGACUUUGCUAACCAGAUUCUCAAGGCUGCAUUGGCAAUUAACAGCGGUGUGCUCGCGGAAAUGGAGAUACCCAACCCUUACUUGGAGACAUUGCCCAAGAGCGGGAAGGAAUGUCUUGGAGAGAUCAUCUACCAAUACUUAACUGCGAACAAGUUCUCACCAGAAUGUCUCCUAGACUGUCUUGAUCUCUCAUCGGAACAUCAGACUCUUGAAAUCGCCAACCGGAUUGAGGCUGCCGUGCACGUUUGGAGACAGAAGAAUGGGAGGAGGCACAAGAAGCAGGCGAAACUAAAGCUGUCUUCAUGGGGUGGCAAGGUUAAAGGCCUUGUAAACGACACCGACAGAAAUGAUUUCCUUGUGCAGCGAGCUGAGACCCUCUUGCAGAGUUUGAGGAUCCGUUUCCCAGGUCUUCCCCAGACAACGCUGGAUAUGAACAAGAUCCAGUACAACAAGGAUGUAGGACAAUCGAUUCUGGAAAGUUACUCGAGGGUGAUGGAGAGCAUGGCCUUCAACAUCACGGCCAGAAUAGAUGAUGUGCUUUAUGUUGAUGAUGCCAUGAGAAGAUCUGUCUCUGCCACGGAAUCUCUUUCACUAUUCAGCAUCAGUGGACUCAACGGGCGGCCUGCUCAGAAACCGUUCUCUGUACAAAGCUCACCCUACGCUUCCCCAUUUGCAACGCCUUCCCUAAGUGUAGCAUCAAGGAGCCCGAGAAGAGCACCACCGCUGUAUUCUGUGAAAAGGAAUGGCACAAGAGAGAAGGCGGUUUUGGGUGAAUCGGAGAAAGCAUGGUCCUACGCUGGAAAUCUAAGUUCAAGAAGAGUAUCGGAAGUGACGCCGGAAAGAGAUUAA